CUUGCUUUAAAUAAUGAGUCCAUUCAGAUGCUAAAUCAAAAAACUGAAGAAAUAAAAUGUGGAAUCAAAGAGGUAAAAAAUUCAAUCUCUAAUAACAACUAUAAAGACCAAUUUGUUUGUGCCUUAACUCAUUUUUCUGAUAAAGCUUAUAAUACAUUUUACGAACUUUUGAUUGGUUACUCGCGUAUGCAAUUUGAGUUUCAAGAGUUUGUUGAUUUUUUCAAAGACGAUUUCACAAAAACUGCAACAGAAGAUUUCUUUGGAUCGUUUGCGAUAUUUCUUCAACAUAUAGUGACAACUAAAGAUUUUUUGCUUAAGAAAGAAGGAGAGUCUGAGGGUGAUACUCGAACUUUGAACAAGUUGCAUUUCAUAAAUUGUAAUACAGUGACAAGACUUGAUAACAAUAUCGAGAAAAUGUCAACAAAUCUUAUAAAUGAAGAAGAGAAUGUCGAGUUUGCUUGUUUGAAAGAAAUAAAAACAAAUCGAAUGUCUGUGGUCAAACGUGCUGCAAAGACAGACGUUGAAACUGUUUCGAAUUAUAAAAAUGAAGUAUGUGACAACUACGAAAUGGUUUACACAAAAGGAAAAUCUGUUCCAAAAAAACCUCAACGAUUGUCAGAUAAAAAUUCAGAAAAACUCAACAACUUUCCUAAAGAUAAUUAUUGUAUAAUGCGUGAAGAAAAUGAAGAACUAGAAUAUGGCGAGCAUUCGAUUGACAAAAUAGCAGCUAAACUGUCUGCUGUGCCAAUUAACGGUUCAUUUUCUAGAGGUAAAAUGAAACAGAUUCCUUUUAUGACAGCAAAUGCGUGGCCUUUAGCAGUAGAUAUAUGCCCUGAUAUGAAUAAUUUGCAUUAUGAAGCUGAUAUAAUUAAAACUGAAACAAUUGAAAAUCAAAUUGCUAGCCAUAAAGACAAUGAAGUUAAAAAUUGCUCUAACGUUAAGUAUUUGUGUAGAGAACCAAUCAAUGAAGUGAUUAAUGAUAGCGUUCAAUUAGGAUCAUCAGAUUGCUCAUCUACUGACCGUUUACCUAUGAAAAAAACUAAUACUUUCUCACCUCUGCCAUGGGUUUCCCCACUUAACUCACCAGUAGAACAAAGAAAACUGCACCGGUCAGGCGAGGAGAUGCUAAAUUCAAUUGGUAUCAGUAAGUCCUCUAAUAUAAAAAGAACUACAAAUGACAUAACAAAGUCUCUUAUGAACAAUCAGAUAAAAAGCGAGCCUCAAAUUAAUGCGAAAAAUGCGCAACUUCAGCUACAAGAUGCCGAGCUUUAUGGUAUUAACAAUACACUAUCAUUUCAUACAUACAAAAAUUUAGAAGAUGAUUAUGACAAUGGUAGAAGAGACAAAUAUGAGUACGAUACUUUUACAGAAAAUAUCGAGAAUCCUUUGAACGGAAAUAUUGAGAUUCCUUUAAACGAAGGUUUAAAGUUAAACAAGAUAAAACUUGAAAAUAACGAAAAGCCAUUUCAUGCCAAAAACGAAAAUCAAUCAAGUAAUAAUUCAUCUGACAUAAAUUUAACAGAUCUUAAUUUGAAAAAAAACAUUGAUUCAAGUGAAAAAUUAUAUCGUAAUCCUUUAUCUUCAUCAGAACACGAAGAAGCACUAAAUACUUCUCGACAACAUCAAACUAAUCCAGUUUUUAUAGAUCUUAUGAAAGCAAAGUUAAACGCUGAUCGACAAAGACCAGUAUUUAAAAGAAAAAUUACAGAUCACGAAGAGCCAUUGUAUGCUUCAGUUAUCAAAGAAUCCUUACAAGAAUAUGAAAGCCAACGCUCAUCUAAUAUCAUUACAAAGAAUGAAAAUUUAUCAGUACAAAAGAUUUCUACACCAGUAGAUUUUAUGAGUAUACUUCAAAAAAAAUUUGUUGAAGCCAAUCCAGAUAUUCAUAAUAAUAUACACGAUAACCCAUCUCAACUUGCUAUUGCGUACGAGCCUAUUUAUGCAGAUGUUUUAGAAAAGACAUUAAUUGACUAUGAAAAAGAAAAAAAUGAACACGAACGUGUUAGAAAGUUGGGUCUUGCUUUUCAAAGCAAGUUUAUUAAUGACGAUACAAUAGAUAGAUCAUCUCCAAACUUUUUUGGAAUACUCGAAGACAACAUGAUAGAAAAUAAAUUGUUAUUUGCUGAUGACAGUGAUUCAUUCAAUCAGAAAGAUGAACCAAUAUGUGCUCUAGUAAUAAAAGCGGCUCUUAAAUGGUACCGAAAAACUGUCAUACACCAAAAAUCUAGCAAGGUUAAAGUUGGACAAGCUUCUAGUCUUAGUCGGUCACCGUCUGAUGCUUCUUCUACAAGUGAGGAAGUUAGAAUAAUAAAUACAAGUAUUAUGGACAGCUCGCCCCAAGUAUAUUUGUCAGAUUCUGAGCUUGCUUUACCAAAAAUUCCUUCGCCAGAUUAUACUUGCUCUAAGUUUCAUGUUAGUGAUGUAUUUUACGAAAAAGAUGUUGAAAAAAAAGUAGAAAGUUAUCUGGAAACAUCCGGUAUUAGUAAUGAAAAUUUCUUUUUACUUAAAGAAAAAACAAACAAUAUGGAGUCUCACCCAUAUCAUAUUGAUCGACCAUUUUGGAAUGAAACUGAAAACAACGACUCCUUAAAAAAUAAUAACACUAAGCGAUCCAGUUUGAAAAAAAAACCUUCAGAUAUAAAACCCAAUUCCGUCUCAUUUUUUAAAAACGUCGAAGUUUUUAACGAGAACGAUGAACUAAACGAAAAAGAAGUUGUUCGUAAAGAAGAGCCACUUAAAGGUUCACCUCAAAUUGAUAAAAAAAAUGAAAAACGAAAAAAAACUCCAUACUCUGAGGUUUCGCCAAUUGAUAAAAUAUUUUAUGAAGCCGAUCUUGAAAUUCAUAAAAAAAAAAAAUCGGUUGAUAAUUUAAAAAAAAAUACGAAUCAAACACACAAAAAAGAUGAAACUCCAUCACAAUUACAUAGUAAUGAAUUACCUAAUUUGGAAGAGUUACCAGUAGUUCAACCACUAAUUUCUGCUAACUUAAUCGAAAACAAACCUAUUAUUCUUAAUAUCCCUGACAAUGCUGGUGUUAUGCAGUCUGUGGAACUUAGUGAAGAAGAUUUGCAAGAUAUUGCUAAAGAGCAUAAUAUUUCUCUUGAGGAGUUAAAAGGAGGUAGCCUAAUAUACAACCUACUUUUUGACCUUAUCACUACAACAUAUCCAAAUGGAAAAGUAACAACCAAACUAGUUCCUCAAGGACAAGGUGAAAAAUUUGUUAAUGAUAUUUUACUAAAAGAAAAAUUAAGAGAACCGAAGUUUCCAGUUUUGCCAAGUGCCAAUACACCCCCACCGCUUGUCAACCGAUUAACAAAACCUAAAAAUAUCUCGAGGAGCCCUAUAAUUCCUGCAAACAGUAUGGAUUUUGACAUCAGACAUGGUAAAGAUAGUUUAAUUCGAACAAUUAUUCCUUCACCUGAUUAUUUAGAUGAAGUUUCAGAAGAUACCGAAAAAAUAAUUGAUUUAGAUCUUCUGAAAGAAACAGAAAAAAAAUUAAAAAACCUUACCUACAAUGAAAUAGAUUUAAAAGAAGUGAAUGAACCAUUUGUUAAGUCAAUUAAUGAACCAGUAAGUAAGAGCGCUGGCAAAAAGUUGUUUAAUAAUGCUACUCCUCUUUCAAUUGAAAAAAAUUUAAUAAAGCUUUCAAUUGAGUAUGAAAAUCCAGAAUAUUCUUCUGACUCAAUUCAAAAUAUCAAUUUAAAAAAUAAUCAACCAAUAGCAUAUGAUAAUAAGGACUUAAUUUUUCAAUCCGCCAAUCAAUCAGUCAGUCGAGAUGUCAAUCAAUCGAUUGAUCAAGUAAAAUAUGAUAAAGUCUUCAAAACUAUUGGACGAAAUGACCAUAAUCCUGAUUAUAACCCUGAUUAUGAAGAAGAUUAUUGUAAUGAAGAUCCACCACAGUUACCUGAUCGCUCCAAAAAACCUGUAAAAAAAUCAUGUUUAGUUGUAACUCCAGUUUCACUACCCCCACCAUCUCCGAUGCCACACUCACCAAAGUGUAAAGAUCAGCUGAUAAUAGCUAAGUUUAGCCCUGUUUUGAGAUAAUCAUUUUUUUACCUUUUACAACCAAAACACAUAGGAGAAUACUAUAAACUGCGACAGACUAUUAAAUGCAUUUUUAAUUCUGUAAAUUCGUAAAUAGAAAAAAAUAAAUGUUUCAAA